UAUGAAAAUAGAAUUAUUAAUAUGACUGUUUGUGAAUAAUUAUAGUAUGUCUACGGCACAGUUAAUUAAUAAUCACGCAAGAUACAUUACUUUCAGUCUUCAGAGACACUUUAUCUAUUCUGUAUUUUGUGGCUUUAUCGCUAAAUAAAUUAUUAACUUAUAAGUGACAAAGAUAUUUAUUAUUUGAUGUUAGUAUUAUUAUCGAUUACCUACUCAUUUUUGUGAUUUGAAUUUUGUUAGUCGUAACGGUCGAAGUUUGUCAUUCAAAUAUGAAUUUAUUAAAUACGCCACGUUUGAAAAAAGAACUUGGCCAAUUACUUAACAAACCUCCAUUUGGAAUGAAGGUGAACGUAAAAGAAGGAUCUACAUCCGUUUUAGAAGCUGAACUUCAUGGACCUAAAGAUUCUCCAUAUGAAAAUGGAAUUUUCAAAUUGCAGAUAGAAUUGCCAGUGAAAUAUCCAUUUGAACCUCCUAGAGUGACAUUCAUUACACCUGUUUAUCAUCCAAACAUAGACAGCAGUGGCAGAAUCUGUUUGGACAUUUUGAAAAUGCCUCCAUCUGGUGCAUGGAAACCAUUGAUAAACAUAGAAGGUGUAUUGGUUGCUAUAUGCAAUCUAAUGAACUGUCCAAAUCCUAAUGAUCCACUUGUACUGGAUAUUGCAAAAGAAUUUAAGAACGAUAAAGAGACAUUUGAAUCCAAAGCUAAACACUUUACUAAAGAACAUGCUAUUACAGUCACCAAAUAAUUAUAUUUUAAUUUAAUAUGUUUCUAAUAUUCUACUGUUAUUUUAUAAGCUAAUAUUUCAACCAAAUAAACUAUUUGCAAGUACAUUUUCAACUUAUCUUUUUAUAAUUUUCUUCAAUUAAUUAUGUAUUGUAAUUUGAAAUUGGUUAG